AUGGAAUUUGCAUUUCCAAGAACUCAAAACCAAGUCGAAGCGUGGCAUAGACGCUGGGCAAUAUUAAUUGCUCGAUCUCAUGCUGGUAUUCUUACUAUUAUAAAACAAAUUCAAAAAGAACAAAAUGAAGUUAAAAUGGAAAUCGAAAAAGCAAUGCGCGGCGAACCAGCUCCAAAGAAGCGCAAAGAAGACGCAAAUAAAGAAACCAGAAUUCAAAAUGUUAUUGCUGACCGUGGUAAUAGAUCAACUAUGGAUUUUCUUCGAGGCAUUGUCCAUAAUCUUUCACUUUGA